AUGGAUCCAAGUUACGAGUCUGAAGAAGAUUACAAUGAAGAGGAAGAUAAUAGACGAGAGGCUUACAUGAGACCCAGAAGUUCUGGCUUUAACAGGAGAGGUAGGGAGCCACUCUCUCCCGGAACAGGAGAUUUCUCUUCAAAAGAUUCUUGGAGUACUGCACGGACAAAUUCAAGUAAGAACUGGGAAUUUAACAGAAACCUGUCUAGUAAAAAUUUCUCAAACAAAGCGGAAGAUGCUACUCCUAGUGGUGAGAUAAUGAAUGAAAAUUUAAGGGAUCUUGCAAGAGACAAAGACGCACAACAGUCAAAAAAGCUGGAGAAGCAAAGCUCAGCUUCUAAUUCUGAAACUGUUGGAUGGAAUAGCCACUCUGGUGUAAUAUCUGAAUCAUUCUCCGGUGUUGCAUCAGAAACUUCGCCAGCUCUCUCUGUGGGGGUUGCCGAAACAGCCGCCAAACCAAGUGAAACAGAAAAAAUCUGGCGUUACCAGGAUCCAUCUGGAAAAGUUCAAGGACCAUUUUCCAUUGUGCAGCUGCGCAAAUGGAGCAACACUGGAUACUUCCCUGUUGAUCUUAGAAUCUGGAGAACCACCAAAACACAAGAUGAUUCCAUACUUUUGAAUGAUGCAUUGGCUGGAAGGUUUCCGAGAGAGUUGCCAGAGGGGGGCAAUAGAUUGCCAAAGACUAAUACUCAACCAAACCUAAGUUCAUCAAAGGGCUGGAUGACUACUCCAGUUGAGGUCCCCAAACUUUCUACAGACAGGUGGGGUGGGAAUGACUCGUCAAACCUUCCUUCUCCUACUCCGAAGCAAAGUACUACCAUUUCUACCAUUGAAGUGGGUCCUCUAGUGGGAGCGAGUUCAUUUUCUGGUGGCAAUGAAGCACUGCAAUCACCUGCUGCAACUCCCUCAGAAAGUGGCCAAGUGACACGUUCUUCUGCUCUCGCUUCAGCUUUGGAUUCUGGUGGAUCGUUGGCCAGGGAUUCUGAAAAUUAUUCCCAAAGCUCUCAAACUGGAUUUAAUGCAGCACUUAGCACUGAACAAGGUGUCCUCGUGGGUGAUACAAAUUCUUUACGAACUUCACAACCAACUGCGACUACAGAAUCACUUGUGGUGCAGACACAGAGCCAUCUGCUCCCUGCGCCUGAUACUGCUGCCCACACAGUUCAAUCUGUGAAUAGUCAGAACACUCAUGUUGAAACUCAUACUUGGGCUAAUGCUCCAUCUCAGAAUGUAGAACCAAAUUCUGCUAUUCCUGUGCAUGGACAACCACAGACUUAUGGUCACUGGGUUAGUGUUACAUCGGGUCAGAAUCCUGGUGGAAACUUUUUGGCUCCUGGUGUUCAGGAUCCUGCUGGAAACUUGUUGACUCCUGGUUCCUCAGCUUUGCCUCAACCUGAUUUUUGGAGACCUCCAAUUGCGGGCAAUCAAUCGAACAUGCAACCUCCAGCUCCUUCUAAUGUACCGUGGGGUGGAGGCAUUUCAGUUCCCAACAUUCCUGUACCUAUUUCAAGAACUGAUAAUCAGAACACUGGUUGGGGACCAAUACAGGUAAAUCCAAACAUGGGCUGGGGAGGACCAGCACCAGGAGGUACGAAUAUGAAUUGGGGAGCUACUAUUCAAGGGCCAUCACCAGGGAAUGUCAAUCCGGGAUGGGUUGUGCCAACUGGGAAUCCAGGAGCUACUGUUCAAGGGCCAGGGCCAGUGCCAGGGAAUGUGAACCCUGGUUGGGUUGCACCAACAGGGAAUCCAGGAGCUAUGGUUCAGGGUUUGGCACCUGGGAUUGCAAAUCAAGGUUGGGUUGCUCCACACAUGAACACGGGAGCAACAGUUCAGGGCCAGUACCCGGGAAUGCGAACUCGGGUUGGGUUCCAGUUGCUGGGAAUCCGGGUGCUACUUUUCAAGGACCAGCACCUGGAAAUUCAAAUCCAGGUUGGGGUGCACCUGCUCCAGCUGUGA